AUGACGAAAGCUGUCACAAAUAAAAAUGACAACUCGGAAGAAGACAAAUUAGAUAUUAUUUGUGAUAAUUGCAAUGAAUAUUUUCUAUCUGGUAAUGAUUUACAAAAACAUUUACGAGCAAAAUGCUACUCUGAUGAAAUUCGUCAAAAAAUAUUCGAUUUAACAAAACAUAUAGGAAAUGAAAAAAACCGUUCGAAAAUUGAAGAUAUAUUAUGGCAUAAUAAAAUUCUAUUCGAUCCUACACCAUCCAUUAUUAACAUUCCACCACAAUCAGCAAUCAAGACAGGUGAUCAUCCACCUAUUUACUCAAAACAAUAUUCGUCUUCUUUCAAAGAUCAAGAUAUUAAAUUGCAAGAAACACAAAAAUUAUUAGAACGUGGUCAAAUUGAAGAAUCAACUUCUCCAUGGUCAUCACCUAUUGUUAUUUUUAAGAAAAAAGACAAAACAAUGCGAUUUUGCAUUGAUUAUCGACGAUUAAAUACUAUUACAAUUAAAGAUGCAUUUCCAUUACCCCGUAUUGAUGAAAUUUUUGAUCAAUUAUCCGAUGCAAUGUAUUACACAAAAUUUGAUUUUAAAUCUGGUUAUUUCCAGGUACCUCUAUCUAAAGAGGACCGACCUAAAACUGCAUUUUCAACUCGUGACAACCAUUAUCAAUUUACUGUAUUACCUCAAGGAAUUACAAAUGGACCAGCAACAUUUCAACGUGUAAUAAAUCAUAUAUUAGGGCCUGCGAGAUGGAAAUAUGCAUUAGCAUAUAUCGAUGAUGUAAUUAUUUUUUCGAAAACAUUUGAAGAACAUUUAAUACACCUUAAUGAUAUUUGUACAAUAUUAAAAAAUGCUCGAUUUCGUCUGAAUCCAGACAAAUGUGAAAUUGCUCAAACUGAAACAGAUUAUCUUGGACAUAAUAUAAAGAAUGGUGAAAUUCGUCCAAGUUCUCAUAAUAUUAAUGGUUUAUUGAAUACAAGAUUACCACAAACUGCAGAUGAAGCUUGUAAAUUUGUUAAAGCAGCUGAAUAUUAUCGCAAAUUUAUUCCCAAUUUUUCUCAAAUCGCUGAACCACUUAGGAAAUUUGUUCCAACUACAAGAACUCAACAAAAGAAAGGACAAAAAACAAUGAUUACAUUAACACAGGAUGAACUUAAAGCAUUCGAACAACUUAAACAUUUUCUUACAACUGACUUAGUGUUACGAUUACCGAACAAUAGAUUCCCUUUCAAGGUUCAAACAGAUGCUUCGGAUGAGGGAAUCGGUGCAGUAUUAUUACAAAUAUAUCCAGAUGGUGAUAGACCAAUUGCAUAUCUUUCGAAGAAAUUUACACAAGCACAACGCAAAUGGUCUCCAAUGGAACAAGAAUGUUACGCAUUUGUAUGUGCAUUAGAUAAAUGGCAUAAUUAUUUAAGUGGAAUUCAAUUUACUUGGGAAACUGAUCACAAAGCAUUAACACAAUUAAACCAAAAAGCUCAAAUUAACAAACGAUGCGAGAGAUGGAGAUUAAAAAUUUUAGAAUAUGAUUUCAAGGUGAAAUACAUUCCAGGCUUAACAAAUUCUAUGCCCGAUUAUUUAUCAAGAUCUCCUGUUGAAGAUGCUGAAGAAGAUCCUGAUGAAACCACACACCUUCAUUCCAAAUCAACAGAAACUGAUAUUUUAUAUGAUAACCAACAUUCAUCCAUCAUCGCAGCUGUUGAAACUCGUGCUAUGAAAUUACGAAAUAACAAUUUAAAUGAACUUUCAAAUACAACAAAAUUAACAUCAGAUUCUCUACAUAAUUCUAUUCAAGAGAAUCGCACCACUCCAUUUUCAAUUGAAGAAUUAAUUCAAGCUCAACAAAAUGAUGCUUAUGCAAAAAAUAUUUUUAAUAAUAUCAAGAAAUACAAACAUUAUAUUAUAAAAGACAGUAUCUUAAUGCGUCGAUCUAAAACUCCAGUUCCAUAUGUACCACAAGGUGAUUUUCGACGGACAAUUUUACAAAUAUAUCAUGAUACAGCAGCCAAUGGUGCUCACUUUGGAAGAAAUAAAACAAUACAUAAAAUUAAACAACGUUAUUUUUGGCCAUCAAUGUACAAGGAUAUUAAUAAUUAUAUCAAAUCAUGUAUCCCAUGUGCACAAUUUAAUCCUCGUCGACAAAAAACUCCUGGUACUUUACAACCAAUACAACCACCUGAUGGAGUAUGGCAAUUAGUAGCUAUGGAUUUUCAUGGACCUAUUACACCAAUAUCUCAACGCGGCAAUAAAUAUAUCAUAUCUCUUACCGAUGUUUUAUCCAAAUUCGUUGUUACCAAAGCUGUACGUGAUAAUACAGCUCAAACAGCUGUUAGAUUUCUUAAAGAAGACGUUAUCACAAAAUUUGGAACACCUCGAUGUCUUCUUACUGACAAUGGAACACAUUUUACAUCAAUAUUAAUGAAUGAAUUAUGUAAACAAAUUGGUAUCACACACUUGUAUUCAACACCAUACCAUCCUCAAACUAAUGGUCAAGUUGAAAGAUAUAAUUCAACUAUGGACGCAAAAAUUGCAGCAUUAUCAAAUUUUAAGAAAACUGAUUGGGAUGAUCAAUUACCAUUUGUUACAUUUAAUUAUAAUGCUACAAUUCAUUCAACUACAAAACAAAUACCAUUCCAAAUGAUGUACGGACGAUUACCAACAUUACCCUUCGAUUAUCAAGCCGAUAACGUCACAUUAUCAUAUGAUGCUGAACAUACCGUCAAACUCAAAAAUUUUUUGUCAAAAUUAAAUGAACAAGCCAAAUUAAAUAUUCUAAGGAAUCAAGCUCGAUACAAACAACAUUAUGAUAUUCAUCGUUCUGAUCCCUCAUAUAAUAUUGGCGAUUUAGUUCUUGUUAAAACACUCAACACCCGUCACAAAUUCGAUAUUCGUUAUGAAGGAGCAUUUAGAAUUAUCAAACAAUUGACACGAAAAACAUUCAUUCUUCAACACGUCAAGAAACCAACUUUACAUCGUCAAGUUACAUCAGACGUGUUAUUACCAAUAUUUGAACGUAUUUAUUAG